AUGGCUUUAGCAAUUAGAGAAAAUAGUAACCAAGAUCUCCGUCAUGAAAUUGAAGAAGAUCGAGUUAUGAGGAUACAAGGAGAAUUUCGUAAGACGAAACCAAUGAUAUUUAAAGGCGAACCAAAUCCUAUGACAACUAAAGAAUGGUUGAGGCAAAUUAAGAGAAAGAUGGAUAAUCAAAGAAUUCCGGGAGACAUUAGAGUUGUUAUUGCUUGUACCUAUCUAGAAGGACAAGCAUACCUUUGGUGGGAGUCGAUUAUGAGUAUGCCUAAUACUGAAAUUACAACUUGGGAGGCCUUCAAAAGUAUUUUCAUGGAAAAGUAUUUUCCAAGUACUAUGAAAGCAAUGAAAGCAAGGGAGUUUGUUAACCUUGUCCAAGGCAACUUAGCUGUUGAUCAUUAUCAGUCUAAGUUUGAAGAACUCAUGCGUUUUACACCAUAUAUGAUCCCUGAUGAUGCAACAAAAGUAAAACGAUUUGAAGAAGGAUUGAGACCGUCAAUUUUGGAAAAGGUUGACAUUUUGAAAUUAAGGAUGCUGAUGUGGUUGAUAGAGCACAUAUAG